UAUUCGUGAAACCCAGAAUGGAAGAUCUGAAAUGACCUGCUGAUGAUGUAGAGAGUGCCUAUAUCAGAGAAUAUGAUGAGCCGUCCAAAAGAGACAGAAGGCCAAUAAUUAAAAGAUAUAAUAAUUUCUUAAAAGAUGAAGGGAGUCAUGAUAGUGAGUUCAAACCCGCCCUCAGUACUAAAGACAUUAAGCCGAUUAAGAGAUCUAAAGUUGAUUUGAACAAGUAUUACAGCCAACCCAGACAAAAAUAGAAAUAAAUCAAAUCGUAAAAGAACUCCCUUGUUGGAAUAGAGAUUAGAGAAAACUCUAUAUCAGGUGAUGAAAGCGACAAAAUUUUACUCGAUAUGGCAAUGGAUCAACACCAAGAAGAGGAAGAUGAGAAGCUUUAUAAACAUACUAAUCAUCAAGAAUUUAAUAUCCAUGAUAAAUUUUCAGGGUCUGUGAAUGAUUCAGGAAGGAUACUCUCAAAUAUUCGAAAUAGGCAACAGCAAAGUACAUCAAUUCCAAAAUCCUCGAAUAACAAGUUAAUGAAUGAAUAUUUGACAUAUAAUGCUAUGAAUUUUGAUACCAAAAGGAAUAGGACAAAAUACUCCUCCAAAAGUCGGGAUAAUUAUUCAAGUCUCAGCUCCAGAACGAACAACAAGGAUACAUCUAUUGACAAAAUCAAUAGCAGAGUUUCUGUUGCCAAAAAUGCUUCUUGAACUAAUCUUCCUCAAUACACUAUUCAGAGCAAAUCUUUUAACGAGAAAUCACUCCAUCCAAAACAAGAGAAAUUACCUAACAAUCGAUGCAAAUUCACCAAUUUCAAGGAUACCCCACAAGACACCGCCCCUCCUUCAAUCCCACGAACCCUAAACACAAUCUCUCCCACCCCUUCAUCCCACCCAAACUACAAACCCAGCCACCACAAUCUAAAAACCACAAAAUCCCAUAAAUUCUUCACAAAAAUCCCUUCCACCAGCCAAACCUCUCAAAUCUCCAAAAGAGCCCCUAUUCCACCCGACCCCCAAUCCCAGUCACCCCAAAAUCCCCCUCCAGCAUCCACUCAGCCCUCUAAACCCCCUUGCUCAGUCAACCCUCUUCCUACGACAACCUCCAGGCAUCCCAGCAGCUAUCUUGAAGGUAUCAAAAAGUCAUUCGUGAACCACUUCAGUACAAAAACUCCUUGUUCUCCUCAAAAAGAUUCCCACCCACCUAAACCCAAAGCCUCUAAGAACCACUUAACCAAACAGCCUACAAAAAUUCUGAACGUCAAAAAUAAGAAGGGCACCUCCUGAGCAAAGCUGAUGAACGACCAGGCCAGAUAUGAAGGAGGCCUAGCAGGGAUCGGCAAUCUGGAAACUAGGAAUCCAAGAAAGACUUCUAAGAGCAAGAAGAAAUAUCUGAAGACCAUGAUCAGAAAUAAACUCAAACGUGCAGAAAGAUUAAUCGAAGGAUCAAGAUCCACACGAGAAAAGCUUAACAAGACUCCCAUCACCAAUACAAGCCCGAAAUACCUCCGUAUGAGCGACAUCUCCACAACCAGUCAUAACCCCCAAAAGAGCACCUCCAAAGACCCCAAGCCCAAAAAGACCAAAAAGUACACCAGACUCAGCGGCUACGACCUCCCACACAAGUCCAAUCUCCGUGACCCCAACCGCAUGCCUGCCCACUCAAAACCAAACCUGAUCUACUCUACCAGCUACAAAACCCUCGAAACGGUCAAUAGCCUUCUUAAGACGUUCAAGAAGAAAGCUAAACUUCCUUCUAAGUCAAGUCGUUCAGAAAGACAAGCCUCAAGCAAGCAUGGCAAGGGUAAUAAAACUGACAGAAGUAACCAACUCAGUAAAGGCAAGAAAAAGCUAAAAAUCAAGAAAUAUGACUUAAUCAGCCCAGAUAGUAGCAAAAGAGGUCUUGAUCAAGUCAACAAAAGCAAUAAAGUUACCAAAAUAUAUCCAAACAGUAAAAAUUCAAUGAAAUCCUUCAUCACAACCAAAAGCAGAAAGAAAAUGGUAGGAGUCAAGAGUAUCUCCGAGAUGCUCAAAAGUACAACCCACCAUUUCUCAAAGAAAGACUUUACCAAAAUGAGCAGUAUUAAAUAA